GCUGGUUUCGUCGAUGGGCGGAGCAAAGGUGGGAACUGCCAUAAUGCUGGUGUUACCUGAGCAAGGUGUGUCUGCUUUCGAACAUUCUAAUUUCAGGAGCGACAGGUGCAAGUUGUGCAGUGUUUGGCCAGGAAGUGUUAACGCUCAUACACUGCGGACUGAGACAUGUCCUCCAAAAGCAAUGGAAACCCUCCUCCUUAUGCAUCUGAAAAUGGAUACAACAUGGAACCGCAACCAGCUUUCUCCUACUAUGCCGACGAUGAGGUCCAGCAUUUCUACCGCUGGAACUCACCCCCAGGGAUUAUCAAGAUCAUGUCCAGCAUCAGCAUCAUCCUGUGUGUGGGCAUCUUUGCCUGUGUGGCCUCCACCUUGGCUCAUGACAACAGUGGAGCCCUCGGAGGGUUUGGCGUGGGAGGAGGAGGAUAUGGCGGUGGGGGAUAUGGCGGUGGGGGCUACGGUACAAACACCGGUUUUGGUGGUGGUGGAGGAUACGGCGGUGGUGGAGGAUUUUCCUACGGAGGUGUGAGCCAAUACAAUGACCCCAGGAAAGGGAAGGGAUUCAUGUUGGCUAUGGCGAUCAUCUCCUUCCUGGCUCUCCUGGCCAUCUUCAUCAUAGUCAUCUCCCAUCAGCGUAUGGCCCAGGGCAGGAAGUUUUACUUGUCCGUCAUCAUCGUCAGUGCCAUACUGGCCUUCCUCAUGCUUAUCGCAACGAUAGUGUAUCUUGUAGCUGUCAAUCCCAUGGCCCAGUCCUCUGGUUCUUAUCAGUAUAACCAGAUCAUGGCUCUGUGUGCUCCAUAUCAACAAACCCAGCGGCCUGGUCAGUUUGUCAACCAGUACCUGUACCACUACUGUGUGGUGGAACCCCAGGAGGCCAUAGCCAUCGUGCUAGGAUUCAUUGUGACUGCUGCUCUGAUCAUUAUCCUGGUGUUCGCGGUGAAGACCCGGCAGAAGAUCAACGCUUAUGGGAAAGACAACAUUUUGUGGCGGCGCGUGAAGGUCGUCGAGGAUCCCGAAGCUGUAGGAGAUGUGGAGGCAUGGGUAAAUGAUGUGUCUUCUCCUCCUGAGCUGGCUGUGCUGGCUGCUUACCCCGAGAAAUUUGGGGGGUCCAGGAGUCACCUAGAUGAGGACAACUCCGACUACAAGCCCCCAUACAGUUACAGCCCAGCUAGAGUUGCUGACGAGGUCCCACUGCGCAGUGCUGCCACCUACAGCAGCAGUUCGGAGAGACCCAGCUCCUCAGGGAGGCCGAAGAAACGCCGUGGUCGGCGCACAGACGGUUAUGACACUGAUGGCUACAUGUCCUCUGGUGACGAGCUAGACGACGAAGACUUCUCCAGUGAGUUCCCUCCCAUAGAGUAUGAACACGAGAGGGAUGAGUACAAGCGUGCGUUUGAUGAUGACCACCAGGAAUACAAAGAACUGCAAGCUGAGAUGGACGCCAUUAACAAGAAGAUGGCAGAGGUGGACCGCGAACUUGAUGACCUCCAGGAGGGAAGCCCCCAGUUCCUUGAUGCUAUGGACGAGUACAAAGAACUGAAGAACAAAAAGAAGAGUUCGGACUACCAGGUGAAGAAAAAGCGAUGCAAGUACCUGAAGGCCAAACUGAGUCAUGUCAAGAAGAUGGUCAGUGACUUUGACAGAAGAACAUAAAUGUACUGGGGCAUGUGUCCUCUUGAAUUGGUCCCCCUUCCUCUGUGUAGAGAAGUGAGAGGUUCUCUAAGGGUGAACCAUGUUUGCCAGCUUGGGCACACCGUACGGUCUCUCCAAAUGUGCAGAUGUGCAAGGUGAAGGGAUGGACUACAUUAUACUCGUGUAUGAGCUUAUCCACAUGGAAAAGGUUAAUAGUGCUCAGGUUUGAAGAUAGUCCUCCACUUUAACUUAAGUGACAACACUGAUUUGCCAUACAAGAGCUCUGUAUCUCAGAGAUCCAAAUGUACUUUGUCCUACUUGUUUGUAAGAUACUGUUUUUUUUAAUCAAUUCUGACCUCUUGUUUCUUAAUAAGCUUCUUUUUAUUUGUGAUUAUUCACUAUUCUUUGUAAGCUAUUACUGGAGCCUGUGGUACGACUAUGCUUUUUGAAAUGGUUUUCUGGGAACUAAUAAUUCAGAUUGUGAUUAUACAUGGAACUGUUAAAGGGAAUAGAGUCAUUACUAGAAGAAUAACACAAAAAGGGAAUUCUAUCAUGGCUAACAAAUCAGUCAUUUAUGUACUUAUGAUAUCCUCUUUAUUUUGCAGCCAUCACUGCAGCAGCAAUAAUUUAUACUGAACAGUAGGACUGUCUCUUCUUUCUUCCUUUGUAUAUUUAUAAAACUGUGAAUUUAGGUCCCUGAAAAGUGCUCAAAUGUUUUAAAUACUUUUACUACGUUGUACAGUAUGCAAGUUCUGUCUAGUUCAUGUCUGAGUGAAGAACAUUCAUUUGUACAUUUUUCUAUGUUAUUUUUUUAAGCCAAUUUUAAUAAAAACCCUAGUGUGACUCAU